AUGGAAGCUGACAUACCCCUAGGUUGGAAACCACUCAACCUAAAGCGGUAUGAUGGGACCACCGAUCUAGAUGAACAUCUGGAUGCUUUCUUCAGCCAGGCGAAUCUGUACACCAAUGACGAUGCAAUUCUAUGUUGUGUCUUCCCCACAUCCCUCAAAGGGGCGGCAUUGACCUGGUAUGGUGGACUUCCUCCAAGGUCCAUCGACAGUUCCGACACUACUGUCGAGUGCUUUAGUGCACAAUAUGCAACUAUCCGAUCACAUCGUAUGACAUCUACUACACUAGCUAGUCUGCAACAAACAGAUGAUGAAUCUCUCCAAAAAUUCGUGGAUGGGUUUGGACACAUUCCUAUCCUGAUCCAAAAUCUCAACCCAGAGGUAGCAUUACACUCUAUGCUCCUUGCACUAUGGCUUAGUAAGUUUACGGACAGUCUGUGCAAAAAGCCCCUUAGUAGCAUGAACAAGUUGCGCAAAUGA